UCUUUUAAUUUCGAAAAGAAACAAUUUCGAGGUCUUUUAAUCGAGAUACAUCACUUUCAUUGCGGCCUUGGUCGAGUACGGACGUGUUUUGACGUGUUGCACGUUCUGGCCGUAUUGACCCUCGAUCGAGGGCAGGUGCCAAUUAAAGAAAGAAGAAGAAUCGAGAUACACAAUGGUGCAGAGUAGGAUAUUCGCACGGAAUCGUGCCCUCGGAUAUGUUAGUAAUCACAUACCUUUAGUGACGAGGUACAUCCUCAGAAGGAAGGAGCAUUUCAUCGUCACUUGCGUGGGCCGAGAGUUUCACACUUAUGGAUGUAAACAUUUCACUUUGCUGAGCGUGUCGGGCAUGCACGCCGACGACAUCACUUGCCUGGUUACGGACACAUUUCACGUAUAUACGGCCAGCGCGAAUAAAGUUUACGCGUGGCGAAGGGGAACGGAGUUGAAGCACACGUACGAGGGUCACGACUGCGCGGUACAUAUUCUUUUACCGUUUGGUGCUCAUCUGCUGUCCAUUGAUGAGAAUAGCACGUUGAAGGUCUGGAACAUUAAAGACGAGAGUUUGGUUCUGGAGUUGAACUUCAGCAAUAACGUCUUCAAAAUAACCACGUUGAUACAUCCCAACACUUAUAUGAAUAAAAUCUUGCUGGGUAGCGAACAAGGUCAGUUGCAACUAUGGAACAUCAAAUCGAUGAAAAUGAUCUACAUGUUUAAAGGAUGGCAUAGCAGCGUGACAGCAUUGGAGCAAGCGCCUGCGAUAGAUGUGGUUGCGAUAGGUUUGAAUGACGGUCGGAUCAUUCUGCAUAAUCUCAAGUACGAUGAGACCCUCUUUGAACUGGUGCAAGAUUGGGGCCCAGUGGUAUCCAUCAGCUUUCGUACGGACGGCCAUCCCAUCAUGGCAACGGGUAGUUUAGGCGGGCAAAUCGUAUUUUGGAAUUUGGAGCAACAUACAGUGGAGAGUCAACUGUGCAAUGCCCACGACGCCGCUGUUACAGGUCUGAGAUACAUACCGAACGAAUCGCUAUUGGUUUCAUCGUCGCCUGACAAUUCUCUAAAGCUGUGGAUAUUCGAUAUGGCCGAUGGAGCGGGUAGACUCUUGAGGAUAAGAGAGGGUCACGCCGAACCUCCGACGAUCGUUCGGUUUUACGGGAACGAUGGUAAUUAUCUGUUGACCGCGGGCGGCGAUUCAUCCCUCCGGUUGUUUUCCACUGUCACGGAGAUACUGAACAAGAGUCUAGGUAGAGCCUCGUUUAAUAGGAAAGCGUCUAAGAAGAAAAGUCUUUCGGUCGACGAUCCGUUGUUAAUGCCACCGAUAACUGAGCUUGCGUACGAAGUAACGCGAGAGAAAGAAUGGUGCAACAUAGCGGCUACUCAUUCUGGUUUGGGUGUAGUCACUACGUGGUCGUCUCAUCUGCAGAAGAUGGGUGAUCUUAAACUGCUCCCCGAGAGAUUUAAAAAUAAUUACAAUGCCUGCGCGACCAGCUUAUGUUUAACGAGCUGCGGAAACUUUGUUGUGAUCGGUUACAACACGGGUCAUGUUGAUAGAUUUAACAUUCAAUCUGGAAUCCAUAGAGCAUCCUAUGGGAAACAGAACGGUGCUCAUGAGGGUCCUGUUAAAGGCAUCAUGGUUGAUGAUUUGAAUCAAACUGUCAUUACUGCCGGCAGAGACGCGAAAAUCAAAUUUUGGGAUUUUAAACCUAACAAAGGUAUAACAACGGCAAGGACGAUAUUAAAGCUGGAAGAAUCGAUCGAAUGGAUACGAUAUCACAAUGAGAGUUCCCUCGUAGCUAUAGCCUUAGAAAAUUUUGAUAUUGUGUUAAUGGAUCUGGAUACAAGAACGAUAGUUCGGCAUUUUCAAGGACACGAGGGACGAAUAACGGAUGCGUGUUUCAAUCCUAAUUCUAGAUGGUUAAUCACAGCAUCUAUGGAUUGCACAAUCCGCACUUGGGACAUACCAUCUUCACACUUAAUAGAUAUCUUUCAGGUUCCUGAAGCUUGCAUAUCUUUAAAUUUCUCUCCAACAGCAGAAUUUCUUGCGACCGCACAUGUACAUAACAUGGGAAUCUUUUUAUGGUCAAAUCGUAUGCUCUAUUCACAUGUAUCGUUGAAAGCCAUCAGUAAGGACGACAUGAUACCCGAAGUAUUACUUCCCGGCUCUUCAGUAGAAGCUAAGGAGAAUAUUGACGAGGAUGAUGUCGUCGCCGUGGAGCCAGAUUACACGUCUCCCGAUCAGCUCGACAGUGAUCUCAUAACUAUGUCUGCCGUGGCUCAAUCAAGAUGGCAGAAUCUACUUGACAUCGAUAUUAUUAAAAGGCGAAAUAAACCACAACAACCGCCAAAAGCUCCCGAGACAGCGCCGUUUUUCUUACCCACGAUUCCGUCGUUACAAUUACGUUUCGAUUUCACGGAUGUAAAGAGUGCCGACAAAACCGAAACCUCGCGUGUUCAUUCCGCUUUACAAAAUUUCACGCCGUUUAAUAAAAGUUUGCAAUCAACCACCACGACUGAUAAUUUUUCAGAUGCAGUAGAAAAAUUGAAAGCGAUGAAUCCUAGCGACAUUGAUUUCGAGAUUCAAUCGCUAUCUCUGGACGAGAGUUCCGCGGAAUUGUCGAUGUUACAAUUCAUGAAGAUGCUUCAUUACAUGAUAAAACGACAGACGGAUUUCGAAUUGUCGCAAGCCUAUUUGGCGGUGUUCUUAAAGUGGCACGGUACUACGAUAUCGGAAAACGAGGCGUUACGAGAUUAUCUGCGAAAAAUCCAAGAGGCGCAAAUGAAUAAUUGGCUUAAACUACGAGAGAAAUUAUUUUAUAAUUUAAGUGUCGUACAAAAUUUAAAAAAAAUGUAAUAUAGCAUAUGAAUUAUUCAUAUAUCGCGCGUGUAAAUAUUUUUAUAAUAACUAUAAAUAAAUCAACACA